GGGAAGGUCCCAUACUGCAGGGUGUGAUGGGGCCGGCGCCGCCGCGGAGUUGCUAGUCGGCGAAAGCGGCGGGAAGUUCGUACUGGGCAGAAGGCGACGUUCUGCGGCUUGGGAAAUCCUCUUAAAAGGACAAGGAGAUUGAGACACACAGACUUCAUAUUCUCUGAAGCUCGGAGACGUCUUUCACUCUGAACCAGAGAAUAAGAGGAGUGGCCAAGUGGAGCGAAGUGAAAAUGCCUCGUGUAAAAGCAGCUCAGGCUGGAAGACAGGGCCCUGCAAAGAGACGUCUUGCAGAACAUUUUGUAGCUGGGGAGAUAAUCACUGAUAUGACCAAAAAGGAAUGGAAACUGGGGUCUCCCGUUGGCCACGGCGGCUUUGGUUGUAUAUAUCUUGCUGAUAUGAAUUCUUCAAAAUCCGUGGGCAGCGAUGCACCCUGCGUUGUGAAAGUGGAACCCAGUGAUAAUGGACCUCUUUUUACUGAAUUAAAGUUCUACCAGCGAGCUGCCAAACCAGAACAAAUUCAGAAAUGGAUUCGUACCCAUAAACUGAAGUACCUGGGUGUCCCUAAGUACUGGGGGUCUGGUCUACAUGACAAAAAUGGAAAAAGUUACAGGUUUAUGAUAAUAGAUCGCUUUGGGAGUGACCUUCAGAAAAUAUAUGAAGCAAAUGCCAAAAGAUUUUCUCGGAAAACUGUCUUGCAGCUAAGCUUAAGAAUUCUGGAUAUUCUGGAAUAUAUUCAUGAGCAUGAGUAUGUACAUGGAGAUAUCAAGGCCUCAAAUCUUCUUCUCAGCUACAAGAAUCCUGACCAGGUGUACUUGGUAGACUAUGGCCUUGCUUAUCGAUACUGCCCAGAAGGCACUCAUAAAGAAUACAAAGAAGACCCCAAAAGAUGUCACGACGGCACGAUUGAAUUCACCAGCAUCGAUGCGCACAACGGUGUGGCCCCAUCAAGACGUGGUGACUUGGAAAUCCUUGGUUAUUGCAUGAUCCAGUGGCUUAGUGGCCAUCUGCCAUGGGAGGAUAAUUUGAAAGAUCCUAAUUAUGUUAGAGAUUCCAAAAUUAGAUACAGAGAAAAUAUUGCAAGUUUGAUGGACAAAUGUUUUCCUGAGAAAAACAAGCCAGAUGAAAUUGCUAAGUACAUGGAAACAGUGAAAUUACUGGAUUAUGUUGAAAAACCUCUUUAUCAAAAGCUACGAGAUAUUCUUUUGCAAGGACUGAAAGCUAUAGGAAGCAAGGAUGAUGGCAAGCUGGACCUCACUAUUGUGGAGAAUGGAAGUUUGAAAGCAAAACCAGUGGCAAAGAAGAGAAAGAAAGAAGCUGAGGAAAGUGUAGCAUGUAAUGUUGAAGAUAUGGAAUGCUCGGAUAAACAGACUGAAGAGGCUGCACAAACUCGUUCAAAAACCAGAAAGAGGGUCCAGAAGUAAAUACUGUGAACUGGCUUUUCUUUUCUUCCUUUCAUUUGGUUUUCCUCCUUUCAAUUUGACCUUUUCUUCUUUUUCUGUAUUAAGUGUUUUAUUUUCAUGUGAGUCUUAUGGAAAUGGGGGUAACAAUGAAGUACCUAUGUGUUUGAAAAGCAGACUUUUUUUUAUUAAAUAAAUACUUUAUACAAUUUAUUAAAGCCUAAUUUAUAAAAUUUAACAAUUUUAAGGUUAUACCCUUUAAGUUGUCCCAUGCAGUUUGUUUGCACUUUUUAAUUGUUGUAUGUUUUCCAGAGUAUAAAUGUCUGACAGAAGCCUUACUUUUAAGGAAAUACACAACUUAAAAUAAAGGUCUUUUUUUGCUUGAUACAAA